UCAAAAGAUGUCACAGUCACGCAGCGCAUGUAAAUAAACACAUAAGCAACUUAAAAUAUAUUACAUUUUGAAUUUUAAUCGUUUUGUAGUUUGUCGAGGAACCAGUUUCAUGCUAACAGCCGAUCCGCCUACAAAGUGACAUCAUAGUUCGGGUGUGUCUGAUUAGGGAGACAUACAAAAGGGCAGGGGGUCCUCCAGGGGCCGGUUGCAUAAACUGUUUAGACUAGUCUUAAAAAGUUAGUCACCUAAUUUUUUUUCUUCAAGACUGGUCAUAACUUUUUUAAUUCAGUUAUGAAAAGGUAGAUUGGUCUUAUUUGUACUGGAAAAGUAAGACUGAUUACCCCUUGGCCACUGCUAGUUGGUCUAACUAGUUCUGAAGACACAGUCUUAACGUGGUGGCUAAGUUUAUGCAACUGACACCCAGGACAGGUUUGGGAAGCACUGGUCUACACAACUACCACUUUGAAAAGUUCAUAAAGAGAUCAGAAAUAAAAGCCUUAAUAAUCUGUUCAUUAUAUAAAGCGAUUGAGUCUCUUCUGAAAAUUUGGACUAAACCGAUAUAUAUGGAGUUGUUUAGUCCAGUGGUUCUCAAACCUGUCCUGGAGUACCCCCAGCACUGCACAUUUUGUAUGUCUCCCUAUCAGUGGCGUAACUUGGUAAUGACGGGCCCCGGGCCCCCUGGGCUGCACGGUUAUGAAGCACAUACAAACACAGCGCUCAUGUCUAGAAGGGAACCUAUAUAAGCGAAUUUGUGCCUAACCUAAUUAAUUUAGACCAACUAAAAUCAGUAUCUUAUCUGUUUCUUAUAUUAAAUUGAACAGUUCUCUUUGCGUGCGUCUCUCUCCAACACACGCAGGAAUCACGACAACAGCAUUCCUCUCCUAGAGGCGAGAGAGCACGACCAUCUCGAGGCACGCACGGUCGUAUGUACCUAAAAGAAAGAAACAUCUCCAUUCUAUUAGAAAUCUGUUGGUCUAUGUUAAAUAACAGGCGGUCUAUAGCUGUGUUAUUGCUGCUGUUAUUAGUUCUCUCUUGGCGCUCGUGCACAAUGAGCAUCUUCACACAGACGAUGGAGCGCUUUGUUCUGGUAAAAGCACGAAACAAAAUGCACACAAUCGUGUCUUUGCUCUUGAUAUAUAAUCACUGAUGAACACAACUUUGGUUUUAACUGUGGCUGUGGGGGUACUCCAGGACAGGUUUGAGAACCACUGGUUGAAGUGGUUGCAGACUGUCAACGGAGAAACCGAUAUUGACAACAGAAUUUUAAUUUCCACAAGACUGCUUUCACAUUAUAUCGCAAUUUUAAUCUUGUGUUAACUUUCUUUUCAUGUUUACCUUUGUCGCCUUACUAGCACAUAUUCAUUGCUGCUAUGACAACAAAACAAGUGUGAAGCGAAUAAAAAAAGACAAUCAUUCAAAAUUUUAUAUGUAUUUCUGCAACCGCAUUUAUUACAUCAAAUUCUACACAACAAAUUGCACUAUACAGUUAUUAGUUCAAUAAAAUAGCAUUUACACAAAUAACAUAAGCAUUAAAAAAAUCCUGUUUGCAUCCCUCAACUAUGGGUAUUAGGGUGGGGCAGCGCACAGAGGCCCAGACCAACAUCUUAAGUUCAUUUUUAUCAUCGAGAUAACAGCAGAGAAGGAAUCGAAUGAUUCGUACAAUCAGCUGCAUUAUUUUUGUUUAAAAAAAAAAAAAAUGGACAUUUUUCUCCCGUGUUUUCUUUUCCUAGUCAAAGGAGUGUCUGAUGCUGAUGCAGGUGGAGAGCUGAUGUCUGUGAUGGAGGGAGAUUCAGCCACACUAAACACUGGUGUUACAACAAACCAACAAGAAAAAAUGAUAUGGUAUUUUAAUACCACUCGCUUAGCUCAAAUUAGUGGAGAUCAGAGUAAGAUCUGUACAGAUGAAAAGUGUAAAAUAAGAUUCAGAGACAGACUGAAGCUGGAUCAUCAGACUGGAUCUCUGACCAUCACAGACACCAGAACCACAGACUCUGGACUCUAUAAACUACAGAUAAUCAACAACAGCAGGAGCAUCAGUCCACAGAUCUUCAAUGUUACUAUCACUGCUGUUUCAGAUCCAGGUCUGUCUCCAGCUGUUUCAGAUCCAGGUCUGUCUCCAGCUGCUAUAGCAGGAAUAGUUGUUGGUGUUGGUGUUGGUGUUGUUUUGAUAAUCGUUGCUGCAGCUGCUUACUGUCACAAGUGUCAGGCAGGACAAAUAAAGGACACUGAGUUGCAGCACAAUCUAGGUCAAGAUCAGAAGAAUGAUACUGUCGAAGACUCAUCCCCUAAUCAGACAGCCCCUCUAAUGAACCACGCUGCCAAUGGGACAUCCAGUAAUCAGACAGUCCCUCUAAUGGACCAUGCUGCCAAUGGGACAUCCAGUAAUCAGACAGCCCCUCUAAUGGACCACGCUGCCAAUGGGACAUCCAGUAAUCAGACAGCCCCUCUAAUGGACCACGCUGCCAAUGGGACAUCCAGUAAUCAGACAGUCCCUCUAAUGGACCACGCUGCCAAUGGGACAUCCAGUAAUCAGACAGCCCCUCUAAUGGACCACGCUGCCAAUGGGACAUCCAGUAAUCAGACAGCCCCUCUAAUGGACCACGCUGCCAAUGGGACAUCCAGUAAUCAGACAGCCCCUCUAAUGGACCACGCUGCCAAUGGGACAUCCAGUAAUCAGACAGUCCCUCUAAUGGACCACGCUGCCAAUGGGACAUCCAGUAAUCAGACAGCCCCUCUAAUGGACCACGCUGCCAAUGGGACAUCCAGUAAUCAGACAGCCCCUAAUGGACCACGCUGCCAAUGGGACAUCCAGUAAUCAGAC